AUGGCCGCGGGACAGCUCUCGCAGAAGGAGCUCGAUGAGAUAUACGCAUUCGCCAUCGACCUCGGCCGCAAGGCUGGAAAACUCUUGAUGGAGCAUGUAGAUCGGCGCAUUUCCGGCAGUCAAGGGCACUCGCAGAAGUUCGAGGAGAAGGACAACUCGGUUGACAUUGUGACCCAGACAGAUGAGGAGACCUACGCUAAAGGCGAGUCCCGCGACUACUUGAUCGACGAACAGCCAACAUGGUGCAUUGAUCCUUUAGACGGCACUGUCAAUUACACGCAUCUCUUCCCUAUGUUCUGCGUUUCUAUCGGCUUCAUCGUCAACCACCGCCCUGUCAUUGGCGUAAUCUACCAGCCCUUCCAAGACCAGCUCUUUUCCGCCUGUAGCGGCCGUGGCGCCUGGCUGAAUGAGACUCACCAGCUUCCGCUCAUUCGCAACCCGUCUAUCCCGCCUAUGCCGCCUAAUGCGCCUGCACAGUGUAUUUUCUCAUGUGAGUGGGGCAAGGAUCGUAGGGAUAUUCCCGAUGGGAACUUAAGCCGCAAGAUUGAGAGUUUUGUGAAUCUUGCUUCAGAGCUGGGUUCGCGUGGUGGAAAGGGCGGCAUGGUACAUGGCGUAAGGAGUUUGGGCAGUGCGACGCUUGAUUUGGCAUAUACGGCUAUGGGAUCAUUUGACAUUUGGUGGGAGGGUGGUUGUUGGGAGUGGGAUGUCGCUGCUGGUGUCGCAAUUCUCCUCGAAGCUGGUGGGCUUGUGACUACUGCUAAUCCACCUGAGAACAUUGAAACCGAUGCCAUUGAAGAUGUGCGCCUUGGGAGCCGAUUAUAUUUGGCCAUUAGACCCGCGGGACCCUCGGAAACCGAGACUGGUCGCGAGUCGCAGGAACGCACGGUCCGCGAAGUCUGGCGGCGGGUUCGCCAGCUGGAAUACUCGCGACCCGGCGCAUAA